AUGCUCUGCUUACUCGUAGUCACCGUAUUGGGAUGCAGCAUCGGCGCGAGGAGCCUCCCGGUGCCCUACUCUGGUCCACAUUUGGCAAAUGACUGGGGACAACCUGUCCGGCAUCGACAUCUGUACGCAACUAGACGCGGUUUACAUCUGCAAAUAAACACAGACGGGAAAAUAACUGGAUCGCACGCGCAAAGUCUUCACAGUUUGGUUGAGAUAUGGCCGGUGGAGACCGGCUGUGUUGCCAUCAAAGGUGUUGCAAGCUCUCGGUUUCUCUGUAUGGAGAGGAAUGGAAAAUUAUAUGGAUCGCACAUCUACACGCAAGAGGAUUGCUCUUUCAUAGAACGAAUUCUGCCAGAUGGCUACAGCAUCUAUAUCUCAGGCAAACAUGGAGCUCUGGUGAAUUUGGGUGGUGGAAAAAACAAUAAAGAUGGGACUACUCUAUCCCAGUUUCUUCCCAUGGUGAACACACUAUCUCAGGAACCUACCAAUAACCAUCAAUCAGGGGAACAGCACUCUCUCACUGACCCUGAACACGACCUUCAGCUAGGCCUUCAAAUUGACAGCAUGGACCCUUUUGGAAAGAUCUCCCAAAUAGUGAUCCAAAGUCCCAGUUUUAACAAAAGAUGA